UUAAGGUCGGACUGUAUAGGCAAUCUAAUGAGGCUGACAUUGGACAAGGCUCUAGCUGUGGGGAACCAGCUUGAAGUUGAAGCAAUUAAUGGCACUCAACAUGUAGUGUUGACACCCGGUUUGGCUGCUCAGUGUGGAUACAGUAUGGAAUCUGACCCAUGGGGUAACACUAGAAUCUAUGCAUCCUUGAUGGGCUGCUUUGUUGAGAACGAAGAGGAUAAGACAUUUGUUGGCUUGAGACUCACCAUGUACAGCCAGGGUAACUCUGAGGUAAUUACCCAUGAUGUGGCUAAGACGUGUACGUACUCGGCAUGGGCUUCACGGGAGAUCAUCUGUGACAGGAACUAUAUGGAAGUGUCAAACUACAUCGCCACAUCUGAUGGAAGCGUUGACAUGAAGGGCCAGGAUCUGUAUUCUGAAGAAUCGAAAAAUGACGCAUCUAUGUGUGAAGGCUUCUCAAGCCAACCAACAUCUCAUUCACAGGCUACUGGUAUCUGGAAGAUGACCUUUUACACCCCUGAGCCUACAGUAAUGGUGCUGAGGGAGGCCCUGGAAGCUGGCUAUGGUGCAAAGAUGACCCCUAACCGCUUGGUUGUACGAAGCCCAUACAACACAGCAGAGACCUACUCUGAGGAUGUUGCAGGAGUCCCCAUGGAGCUCUUGAAAGUGAGCACCUACUACAAGGCACAGCAUGGCUUGACGAUGGUGAACUUGGCUGCUGCUUGUCCUAUUGGUGGCGUGAUCUUCAGUGAGGACCUCAUCUCCUGGCAUGUACCUCGCCGUAUAACUCCCCUCAUAGAAGGUCGUGUCACAAUCCUGGAAACUCACAUGGGUAUUGAUGGUGAGGGGCUGGAUAAAAAGCAGAUGAUUGCCAGACACUACACUCUGUCUACUACAGAAUAUCACUUUGUUGUUGAGAUCCCAGUUGGCUCACCUGAUGGUUAUUUCAAGAGUCAUGCUCCAGAUUACCAAUACCACCUCAGCUAUACUGUUGAGCCAAUGCUUGAGAUUCUGUGGAGGGCAGAUAACCAUGCUGACACGAGAUACAAGAUUCUCUUUCCAAUCACCACACCUCUGAUGCCCUGGCUUCCUGAACUGUCUGACAAUACAAUCCCAGAGGAGAGGGUGUUUAAUGCUCAGUUGGGCCUGUUUCUCCAUGAUGUCGAGCUGGUUAACAUCACAUUCUCCACUGGCAUCCUGUCAGUGGCUGAAUGCAAUGCCAGAGGCCUGACUGUCCAGGAACACAGUUCCCACAAUGGCUCUAAGACCUUCACACUGACAAUACCAUUUGCUGAGGAUGCAGUCUUAAAAUAUAACUCUGAGCCCUUGGUCACUGUUUACUACCUUUCUGUGAUCCUUGGGUUUUUCAUCCUGCCUGAACAAACUCCGUUCUCUCACCCACUGGAACUAGAGGCAUCUCUACAAGAUGUUGUUCUACCCAGCAUUGCAGGAACAUGCGAUGAAACGUUUUUCUACAUCAGUGUGAAAUAUGGAAGUCAGGGCCACAACUUCCAGACAAUGAUCGGUGCACGGCUGCUGACUAGUGACCUGGGUGAAGUGUACAGUUUGACUGAGAAUGGCACACACUUCAGCUUUUUCUUGCCAUACACCUCACCUGACACUGUGUUUGAGCUUGUUGAAACCUUCUCCGUCAAGGCACGAGUUGACCUACUUCUCUGGAAUGUUGACAACAACUGGAAACUUGGAGACUUCUCUCUGGCUUGCAACUUCCCUCUAAACACAACGAAAUGUUUCACCAAUGGAACUGUGAGUGUGCUGGCUUUGAAGGUGGAAUCGGUCCCCAAUCUAACACCUAGCUGGCUGACACUGACAGACAAGGCCUGUAAACCAUAUUUCAGUGAUGACCGUUUUGCGUACUUCUCCUUCACGGUUGAUUCCUGUGGGACAACCAGAACAUUCUUGGACAAUUAUAUGGUAUAUGAGAAUGUGAUCACCAUGGACCAGCACUCCAAAGCCUACGCAUCACCAGCAGAUCCCUCAUACAGGCACACGGUUUCCUGCUACUACUUAAUCAAUGAAACCGAGUCGCUGGCAUUUCACUAUAAACCAAGGGAUAAAAUGCCUACAGCAGAGGCUGGGUCAGGCCAACUAAUGGUGCAGAUGAGACUCGCUCAAGAUGCAGAAUAUAAGCGGUUUUAUCAGGUAACGGACUACCCAAUAGUUAAGUACCUGAGGGAACCCCUCUUCUUUGAGGUGGAGCUGAUGCAGUCAACCGACAACCAAUUGGAGCUCAUCCUAGAUAACUGCUGGGCUACUCUGAAUGAGGACAGGACCUCUCUGCCCAGCUGGGACCUCAUUGUAGAUGGAUGUGAGAACCUUGAUGACAACUAUAUGACUGUAUUCCAUCCUGUCGUGACUGAAGCCAGGGUCCCUGCCCACAUUAAACGCUUCUCUAUGAAGACAUUCACCUUCACUAAUGAUGCUGAGGUUCUAAAAAACCAGAUCUUUGUACAUUGUGAUGCAGUGAUUUGUGAGGCAAAAAGCACCCUAGAUGGCAUCUGCAGUGGUCAGUGUGUCAACGCUAAAGGAAUCAGGGCUAGGCCUUUCAAAGGACUGAGAAAAGGAGAGAAACUGUGCUCAGCCUUACGUGGAGUGUACACUUCUGCCAUUGGAGCUGACGUGACCGCGUGUUUCAUGUGA